UGUCCCUUCUAUCGGAUAUUGUAAUCCUUUCUCGUUUUUUUCUUUCAUGUUGUACAUUUGUUGAUCUCGAUAUCUAGUUUUUCGUUUUUAUUUUAUUUUUCCUUUUUUUUUUGCGGAUGUUGCUUGAAGCCGAAGCCGCCGAGCUCCGUGUUGGAGACCGCAACACCGAGCGGAAUGACGCGCGCCUUGUUCCAAGUGCUCACGGCUCUGCUGGCGUGCGCGCUGGAAAUACAUCAGCUCAGGGUAAUAGCAGCAAAGGAGAACGAAAGGCGUGGACCUUCACUGACAAUGUCGCCAUCUGACUUCCUGGACAAACUGAUGGGGAGGACGUCAGGCUACGACGCAAGGAUAAGACCGAACUUCAAAGGUCCCCCCGUAAACGUCACCUGCAACAUUUUCAUCAACAGCUUCGGCUCUAUCACAGAGACCACCAUGGACUACAGAGUGAACAUCUUCCUGCGUCAGAAGUGGAACGACCCACGCCUGUCCUACAGCGAGUACCCAGACUCCUCGCUGGAUUUGGACCCGUCCAUGUUGGACUCCAUUUGGAAACCCGACUUGUUCUUCGCCAACGAAAAAGGCGCCAAUUUCCAUGACGUCACCACUGAGAACAAGCUGCUGAGGAUCUUCAAGGAUGGAACCGUUCUUUACAGCAUCAGGUUGACUUUAAUUCUGUCCUGUCCAAUGGAUUUGAAAAAUUUCCCAAUGGAUGUUCAGACGUGCAUCAUGCAGCUGGAGAGCUUUGGCUACACAAUGAACGAUCUGAUCUUCGAGUGGUUGGAGACGGGGCCGGUGCAAGUCGCCGAGGGUCUGACGCUGCCUCAGUUCAUCAUGAGGGAGGAAAAAGAGCUCGGCUACUGCACGAAACACUACAACACCGGGAAGUUCACCUGCAUUGAAGUGAAGUUCCAGCUUGAGAGGCAGAUGGGUUACUACCUGAUCCAGAUGUACAUCCCCAGUCUGCUCAUCGUCAUCCUGUCCUGGGUGUCCUUCUGGAUCAACAUGGACGCCGCUCCGGCUCGAGUGGCCCUCGGCAUCACCACCGUUCUCACCAUGACCACUCAGAGCUCCGGCUCCAGAGCAUCACUGCCAAAGGUGUCGUAUGUGAAGGCUAUAGACAUCUGGAUGGCGGUUUGUUUGCUGUUUGUCUUUGCUGCCUUGUUGGAGUACGCUGGAGUGAAUUUUGUCUCGAGGCAACAGAAGGAGUUUCUCCGUCUCAAACGCAGACAGAGACGAAACAUCAAGGAUGAGGAGCUAAGAGAAGGACGUUUCCAUUUCUCCGGCUAUGGUAUAGCUCCAUGUAUAAAGGAUGGCAUGGCGGUGAAAAGCGACAGCGGCGUGCAGCAGACUUCAGUGGAGAACAAUAAGAGGAAGUUUGUGGACAGAGCAAAGAGAAUCGACACCAUCUCAAGAGCAGCUUUUCCUUUGGCCUUUCUCAUUUUUAACAUCUUCUACUGGAUCACGUACAAAAUAAUCAGACACGAAAACACCGCCAAAGUGUAGCAGCUAGGAGAGGAGGCAUUGUAGCAUCGUGAUGUCCAGUAAAAACAGCAACGAAGGUGCAGAAGCUGCUUGUUGAUUUCAAUCAGGGAUUAAAAGCAUGGCCAGGGUUUAUAGAAGGUUGGUGAACACUCUGUAAGCCAAAGCCAGGAAAUGAGCUCAGUCUGUAAUGAAGAGUGAGAACAUUAGCUUUAAUUACAAGGAUUUACAUCUAUAUUGGGUGAACUGUACAGGAAAUAUUAUUUAUUUUAAAAGAGCACAAGUAAAAGACUCAAAGACUGAAUAGUGAUAAUAUGACAAUGUCUAUCAAAUACAACCAAACUACUUUUACUAGCAGUGGAAUGAGCAGGCGUCAUCUUUUGUAUGUCAGUCCCAGUUAAAGAGGUGUGACCUUUGUGUGUGUGUGCGUCAGUCUCAGAAUAGGAAAGAAAUGAUGGCCAAUCUGAAGCCCAGAGAAGGAGGCGUGGCCUGUGUGAGUGCCAGUUAAUCCCAGAGAAGAGACCAAGGCCUUUUCAUUUGACAAUCCCAGUGAAGGAGGUGUGGCCUAUGCGCUUUAGUCCCAGUGAAGGAGGUGUGGCCUAUGCGUUUUAGUCCCAGUGAAGGGGGUGUGGCCUAUGCGCUUUAGUCCCAGUGAAGGGGGUGUGGCCUAUGAAGUAGGCAUUGCCUUUGUGUCUGUCAGUCUUAAAGAAGUAGGUGUGGCCUUGAUACCUCUAUACAAUAUAUUGCACUGCUAAGCAUACACACACAUACACACACACACACACACCCUCACACACACACACCCACACUCAUUGUAUGCAGUGAGUUCAUAUAGCUAGUGCUAUUUAUUUAGUUUGUUUGUCAGACUUCCUAGACAAAAUCCUAGACAAUUCUACAUUUUGGCCUCAAACCCACUGUAGUUACAGUGAACUCUCCGUCUCUUAUCCACACUCUCUGGCUGAAUCCAGGCUGCUUAUGGUUAAAAUUCUUUAGACACCCUUCAAAAUUUUUCUUUCCCUGACUUCCUUCAUCUGCUGUAGAGUUCAAAAAUGUCUCCCAAACUCCCUGUGAAUGAUCAAUAUUUUGUAAAGAAAACCAGUGUCCUGAUCUCCAUUGACCAGUGAAGGCAUGACUGAUACUGCAGUCUUAAACAGGACACAACCCUCAGUGCUCUAGUGCUUAGGAGCAGCAGAAUACAUGCUCUUCAUUACUUAUACACAUCAGAUGAGGUUUCUAGGUUAAGUUCCACUUAUCUAUUUGGCAGAUGUGCUUAUCGAACUUUCUGUACAACUGAAGCAUUGAGGCGAGGGGAAUGGAGUCUUCCUCAAAGACUUCAAAGGAUUUGAGAUCACAGUCUUCUGGUUGCUCACUUUCCUUCCAUCCAGAGAAAAGCAAAGGCAAAAAAAGGGAUGAGGAAGACCUUCAUUCACAUCAACCAUUUGAUGAUUCAUUUUGCAAAUUUGUCCUAAAACAAGCAGUAAGCCAUAACCACAGCCCUUUGAACCAAAACAUUACAGAAGUGAACAGUUAGUGAACUAGACAGUUCCUGAAGGAAUUGCUGUUUCUUCACUACAAGAACCAUCAGCGUUCCCUUACGCUAGUCAGCAUGAUCUAGGAUACGUUUGGACAGGAUUAGUUUUACAUGCAGUAAGGUGUGGUAACGUUAUUGCUUGAUUAUCUCUGGGAAUAAGCUGUAGAUUAUAAUUUUUAUGGACUGUGUGUACACAUUUGGAAAUAUUACGUAUAGCUUACAUUUACAGGUCAUUCUGUGAAGUUUGCAUUGAAGCCAUCAGAGUUCAGGAACACAGGGUUUUUUUCCCUACCCGUGGCAUCAGUAAUUCUAACUCAUCUAUUUUAUUAUCUGCCUCCUAUUGAUUAAUUCUGGAUAAUAAGUUUUAUAUACAAUUACAUCUUAUUCCUUCUCCUGAUCUAAAGACACACCACUGGGCAAGGACUGUCUAAAUUCUUUUGUUCCCCUUCUAACAUAUAAACUGUCUACCGAAUAUAAAUGUGAAUACCCUUGAAAUUUCGAGUCAUUAAAGCUGUCCCAAUGCCUAUUGGCAGCCAGGUUACAGGCCAAAUUCAACACUGCCAGAGUAUUUGUAUUAACCACAAAAACAUGUAAGUAUUCUACUGGUUUUUAUGAGAUUUAAUAUAAAAUGAAGAUUAUCCAGUUUUUCUAAAAUAGACUUUGGACAAGUUUGUACAGAAUUCAGUCACAGUUCCUAGACAUUGGCCAGGUCCUCUGAGAGUGUGAUACCGCUAGGCCUUAGACCUCACAUG